CUGUGCAUCGCAUCGAAGGGCAAACAACAGGUGGAGCUGUCGGGCGAGGAUAUGGUGGCCUGUAGUGGCGCCGGCGGUUGCGGCGGUGGUUGGCCCGCAUCGGCCUACGGCUACUAUAUCAGGUCUGGUCUGGUGUCGGGCGGUCUGUAUGACUCCCACGAGGGCUGUCAACCCUACACUAUAGCCUCGUGCGAGCAUUACAUCACUGGCCAACGGCCGCCCUGUCAUAAACAUUACGACCCGACGCCCAAAUGCCAGCACUCGUGCGUUGACGGCUAUAACGGCACCUAUCAGUCCGAUAAACAUUAUGGUAGCAAACAGUAUAGCUUUAGUAACAGGAAUCGUGAUGUGCAGGCUGAUAUUAUGACCAAUGGCCCCGUAGUCGCCGUGUUUACCGUUUACGAGGAUUUCUUGCAAUACAAGUCCGGUGUUUAUAAGCACCUGACCGGUGAUGUCGCGGGUCUGCACGCCGUGAAGAUCAUUGGAUGGGGUGUGGAGUCGGGUGUGGACUACUGGCUGGUGGCCAACUCAUGGAACCCCGAUUGGGGUAAUAAGGGUUACUUCAAAAUCGCCCGUGGUCAUGAUGAGGGUGGUAUUGAGGGUGAUAUUGUAGCUGGUUUGCCCAAGUUGUAAAUUCUUGUUGAUUUAAUUGUUUUAAUCAAUAAAUUAAUUGUUCGAGUACAAUAAAUAUAAAAUAUUACCAUCAUAAAUAAAUU